GGGAUGAAACGCUCAGCGCCGCGAGUCCGGGAUUUGUGCGCAUGCGCCUUGGUGGCUUUUUAAAACGGUCCAGCGCACUAACGGUCCGGGUAGAAACAAGUAGCCCGUACAAGAGGUUUGGUUGCUAUAGGUCCAGCGUUUCGUCCCGCUUCGGCGGUUUCUCUUUGGGGACCUGAGAUGGGUCCUGGAACCAGCCCUGGGGGAAAAAAGUAAGAAUGUUUUGUGGAAGUGAAGGGGACCUUUUAGGGUGACGGACCACACGUGGUAGAUGGAAGGUAAAGCUGUCCGACCGUUCCGCCAUCGCCGAUUCGUCUCGAGCACGAGGUUGGUGAGGAGGACCGAGGGGAGUUCGAGGUGGUAGAUUGGCAGCGUGCUAAAAUAUGGCUGGGCAAAUAUCAGAAGCUGAUCAGAUCAAGCAGUUCAAAGAGUUUCUUGGAACAUAUAACAAACUGACAGAAAACUGCUUUCUGGAUUGCGUGCGAGAUUUCACUAGCAGAGAAGUCAAGCCAGAAGAGAUGACCUGUGCCGAACACUGCUUACAGAAGUACUUAAAAAUGACUCAAAGGAUAUCAAUGAGAUUCCAGGAAUAUCACAUUCAGCAGAACGAAGCGCUGGCAGCCAAAGCCGGACUUCUGGGCCAGCCUCGUUAAGAGCGGAGCGUCAGUGGUUAUUGCGUCGCAAGCAAAGAUGCAUUUGUCGCAACAGGUGCCGCGGGAACGUCCACCAGCUUGGAACGGAACAGGUCAAAGACCAAUCAAAACAUGGAAAUCAUUGGUGGCUGCCACUGUGGUUAGCCUUGGUGCUGAUAGAGCCUGUUCCUAGAGCGUCCUUAUCCUGCAGCGGAGUGUUGAUGCAGCCUUUUCUGGAGGCUGACAGACCGGCUCUGCUAGUUACUGGGCUCAAGAUGGGGGGAGAGCAAACAGCGGGUUGCAUCCUGUUGCUCUGCUCACGGCAGUGACCUCCUCCGAUCCCAGCAGCCCCCCCUCCAACGUUCUGCAAAAGGUGCUGUUGCGAGCAAAGUGGCAAGAUGUGACCCUCUGUUCUGUGUCUCCUCCCCCCCGCCAUGACGACGGUUCAUCGUGAAACGCAGUUCUGCAAAUUAAAUCCCAAAGUGUCUAAAGCAAGUUUAUUUUUUAUUUAAUCAAAGUGAAAUAAAUGCAAAUUACUAUUG